CUCCCUGUGGCGGUUGCGCAAAAUCACAGCAUGUGUUGGAACUGAAACUUUCACUUUCUGUUCCGGUGAACCUAAACGAAAAGGGCAAACAUAGAUAGUCUACUUCGGUGUAAAUUACGUUCAGUGGCUUAUUAUUCAAGGAUUCUUGCCAAUGGAUAACAAGGACGCAACACGCACCUGCACCCAGUGCCACAAGGAGGUCGCAGAGGCCAACUUCGACCUGCAUGUAACACACUGCAGGCGUUUCCUAUGUGUGUGUCCUGACUGUGAUGAAGCAGUUCCCAAAGAUCAGCUGGAACAACACAAGGAGGAAGAGCACACCCAGGUGAGGUGCUCCAAGUGUAACAAGAAGAUGGAGCGUCGUCACCUAAUGGACCAUGAGUCUGAUGAGUGCGUGGAGCGUCUGCAGAGCUGUCCGUUCUGUGAUCUGAGCGUGCCCUUCAAGGACCUGGAUGAACACUGUCUGGUCUGCGGGAGUCGCACCGAGCGGUGCAGGGACUGCGGCCGCUACGUUAAACUGAGAGAGCAGGCAGAGCACGGCUUGACCUGCUCAGACGAAAGUCCUCAGAGCACGACAACCAACUCAUCAGCCACACCAACCGUGCGUUGUGCCAGAUGUAUGGGAUCAGUUCCAGCUGAUGAUAUAGACAAGCACGAGAUGGAGUGUGCUGCAGCAGCCAGGUGGUUCUAUGAAGAGGUGGAGGAGGCAGAGGGGGAGGCGGAGGAGGAGGAGGAGGAGGAGGAGGAGGAGGAGGAAGAGAAGUGGGAGGAUGAUUUCUCCAAGCAGGGCGCCACUUCUCAGCUAAGCGCCACCUAUAAAGCGUCCUCCCACGGAGAAAGCCCCGGUCCCUGGGGAAAUGGAGGCGACCCGUACAGGAUCAGCACCUGCCCGAGCUGUCACCUGGCCCUGCCGCUCGCCACGCUGCGCUGGCACGAGGCGAAGUGCCGAGUCUACGUUCUGUUGAAAUGAAGCGAGAGGACUCCUCAGAAAGGAUCAGCCACCUGUUUGAUCACUCCAGAUCAACAUCAUCAGAAAACAUUUGGGUGUUGAAAUGAACGUUUAACAGCUGCAAUGUUGAAAUGAAUGUUUACAUUUAGUUUUGUUUUAGUGACCUUCGGGGUUUGAACGAUGUUAAAUGACUUUGUAUAGGUAGUUUAAAAUGGGACGCUCUGCCACCGAGCUCAAUAGCACUUCUGAAAGCUUUGGAUGCACAGUCUGUUAAAUGCAGAUGUUAAACUUCGAUGCUGAUAGUAUUUAAAGUCCAUGUCAGUUUUCUGCCGCUACUUCUAAGUCCAACAAAUGUUUCCUUAAAAUCUUUCUUAAUUCCUGCUAGAUGAGAAAAUAUUCUUAGAAUAAGUAAAUGGUAAAUAAAUAACCACUUACAAACUAAUAUUGACACAGUUUCUUAAAGCACUACUACCAAGACGAGUGCAUGUCCCCAUGUUUCCUAAAACCUCCUAGAUGAGUAGAUGUGCAUUGUGGGACAGCUGACAAUAUUAAGGAGUUUACUGGUCCACCUGUUUGUGUUGUCAAAAAAAAAAAAAAACAA